AUGAGGAUGAAGAUGAUGAUGAUUUAUUUUGCUCAAUUUAUUGAAGAAGGCAUAAGUGAAAGAGUGACAAGGACUUUUGGGGGUGUGGGGAACCAAGAUGAAGAAGAUUUAGAUUUUGGUGAAGAGGAUUCAGAUGAAGAUGUACAUCUUGGCAGUGGUGAAGAACUUGAUGAUUCCGAGGAUGAAUUAAAGGAUUUGGAAAGAUCUGAUGAUGAAGGACCCAAUUACUCAAUUUUUAACCCAAUAGUUGAUUUUAAAGGCAAGAUUAAGCUCUCUCUUGGACUGAAAUUUCCAUCUAUUAAAGCUUUUAGGAAGGCAUUAAGACACCAUGCUAUUGAAUCCGGUUACAACAACUACUAUUUGCAUAAUGGGAGUUCAAGGCCUUGCAAACAAGGCUUCUUGGCUGGGUGCAUACCACUUCUUGGAGUUGAUGGAUGCCACUUGAGAGGUCCAUACCCUGGGAUAUUGCUCACAGCUAUUGGGAAAGAUGGUAAUAACAACAUCUUUCUUGUGGCGUGGGCUGUGGUGGAGACUGACAAUGCAGAUACUUGGACUUGGUUUCUUGAGCUUUUGGUGAAAGACUUAGAAUCAGUGGCUUAUAUAAUUACAUGGGUGCAUAUAAAGGGUGAAGUAGAAGUUAUUGAUGCUAAUGGAGCAGAUGCAUUAAAGGAUCCAGGAAGGGUCACAUAUAUGUUUGACAGACAGAAAGGACUAUUGGAUGCAUUCAACACUGUCAUCCCUAAUGCAGAAAUAAGAUUUUGUUGCAGACAUAUAUGGGCCAACUUCAAGCAAAAGUUUAGUGGUGAAAUAUUCAGACAAUAUUUUUGGCUAGCUACUAGAGUAUCCACAAAGCAUCAAUUUCAAAAGCAAAUGGAAGCCAUAAAAUUUUUAUCUGAGGAAGCUUUCAACUACUUAAAUGAUAUACCUGCUUGUCAUUGGUCUAGGCAUGCUUUUAGUGCUAGGAGUAAGUCCGGUAUGCUAUUGAACAAUUGUUGUGAGAGUUUCAACAAUGUUCUAAGAGAAGCAAGGACAAAACCUAUACUGUCCUUAAUGGAAUGGAUCAGAAGGUGGGUGAUUCAAAGGUGUAAAGCAAAAAGAGAAGGCUUGAAGAAGUUCCAUGGCCUCAUAAUGCCUUCUGUAAAGAAGAUGAUUGAGAAUAUGAAGGAAAAUGUGGCUGGUCUAACAGUUAUACCAAAAUUUGAAGUUGAUGAUGGUGAAGAAACAUUUGUAUUCAAUUUGGAGAAACAUACAUGUGAUUGUUACAAGUGGACAUUGUUGGGGAUCCCGUGUUUACAUGCAAUGGCUUGCAUAGUAAAAAGAGAAUUGGGUUAUCAACAUUUUGUGCACCAAGCUUAUCAUGUAGCUACAUAUGCCACCACAUAUGCACCUGAAUUCCAUGGGAUGCCAGGUAAAAACUUAUGGGAAAAAAUUGAAUCGCCAGAACCAUUGCCACCCCCAUACAAGAAGCUACCUGGCAGACCAUCCAAAAGAAAGAGAACCUUGGAACCUGGUGAAGCAGAAGAGAAGAAAAGUAAGAACAAGGAGUUAGUUUUCAGGCCAAAAAAGCAAAAUAAGUGUAGUAGGUCUGGUCAACCAGGCCACUAUAAGCCUAAAUGCACAAAUGAGCCUCUACCACCCCAACCUCCUCAAAAGUCAAAGGGGGGUAGACCUUGCACAUCAAACCCAAAGAAAAAGGGAACUACUUAA